UUGUGGGUGUGACACCGUGAAUGCCCCAGAGCCUGACUGUGCCUGGGGCCGUGUACAACGAGGACUGAGAAGUGGACACACACCCCCCUUUUAGACCUCGCUGUCUUGCAUCUGGGUUGUAAUUUGCAAGGGGCCGGCAGGAAGGAAUGCUGGGUUGUGGAGUGAUCCCUGGAGCACCUGCGGGGAGCGAGGCUCCUUCUGCAGCAGCUGAGACCAGCUCCCCUGUCUCACAGCCACGGAGAAGGAGGCAGUCCUUCCUGCUCUCAGGAGACUGGCCUCCGAACCAAGCCUCCCAGGAGAACAAAUGGGGCGCAGCCGCCAAGGAGGGCAGGACACCAGCUGCUGGGAGUCCCGCCUAGGGGGGAGCCCCGGAGAACAGAAGUUACUUUUUACUUAUUGUUGCAUUUGUUAUUCUAGGGUGAGCAGUUGGGUGGGGGAGCAUCUUCAGGGGAAGGCUCCUGGGCAUACGACUGUCCUCCCCCAACCUUUUGGAAGCAAGACUUUUGGAAUCAAAAUAGAUCAAGUGAAACAGAAGGUAGUGAAUGUGAAGGAAAGGAUAGCUGUGUCAGUCGGAAGAAGAAGCCAAAGGCAAAGAUGGGUUGAUCCCAAGGAUGGGAAGAUUCACUGCUCUGUGUUUGUUGGGCUGCAGAAGCAAUUCUAGUGAGAAAAACCCAUGGAAAAGAUGAAAAUGACUGAAAUUCAGGCCCGAAGGAAUCAAGGGAGAAGGGAAUCCAACGGAAGAGCUGACAGUUCUCAGAAGGACAAAUCCAAGGAUGAAGAAGGACGUGGAGCUCAGUGCAGAAGGGGCACCCAGCCAGACGGAGAGGGAUGUCCAAACCAAACCAAAAGGUUAUGGGGCUCUAUGCAAACAUGCACCCGAGACAGAUGAGAAGUGACCGUUCUCUUUUAAAAUCUAAACCCAAAGCACCGCCACACCAGCCCCCAUGACUUUCCCACAUUUGGUAACCAAAAGCAAAUGAACUGAUGUCUUGGCUUCAAAAAAGGGGGCAUCUGAGCCUCCAGGUAGCACUGGGGACGUGAACCACGCAGUCAGUGAAAAUGAAAAGCACACCUGCUUUCUCUGGGCCCAAGAAGCACAAGGAAGCCUUGCUUUGCUGACUCCACAGGCAGAAGUCUGGGAGGCACUCGAAGGUCUCUGGGAAGCUGUUCCCACAACACAAAGUGUUCAUCGUCUCCCCGUGGUAGGAGCGUGGUCCUCACGCGCUCCUGCCCCGACGUCUGUCUACUCUGCCCUCCCACUCAGACAAUGGAUGCGAAUGGUGGGGGCUUAGAAAACAGACCCAUCCGGGUCCACUUUCAGACAGCUACUUCCCUGCAGUGGACGCUGGCCAAGUACUUGCCGCUCCAAGUCUUAAUAUCUCCAUCUGUGGAAUGGGGUGAUAGUCCCCAUGCCCACCUCACAAGAGGUCUCGUGGGGCACAGCUGGACAGUUGGGCACUGCUGGACAAUUAGACCCACAAGACUCUCAGACACUGGCAGGAGGCGCAGCAGGCAGCAUCAGUGCAUCGCUGUGGGAGUCGUCCUCAGCGGAGACCAUCCAGCCCCCUGGAGAUGCUCAGGAUAUUUUCCUGCGCAAUCUGAAGGCAUUGCAGCCACCUCGAAAUCUCCAGAAGGUCUGUGUUGCAAACUCACUCAAUUGUAUUAAGUCUUGGUCCAUGAACUAUGUAUGGGAUGGAGCCAACAGCUAAAGGACGGACUGAAAAAAGUUUCAGCUACAUUGUCAGAGCCCCCAGCAGCGAUGGGUUUGAUGUAAUGAACGUUGAUGUGAAGAUCGACACAUCCUGGAUCUUCCAGGACGCAGACGAUAGCGACGAGGAGCAGGGAUGUCUUCUGGAAGGAGCAGCCCGAAGCCCAGACCUGGAUACGGGAAGGCUCAGGAAGCAGCUGGAAUCCUCUGAGCAGAAGCUGUUGGCAGCCGUAGACAAGUACAUGAUGUCAGAGUCUGGGCUGAGGAGCAGAAUUCAGGAGCUGGAGCUGUCAGAGAGGAAACUUCUCCAGAAAGUGGACCAGCUGAGCGGCCGCGUUUUCCAGGAGAGAAGUGCCUCUGUCCGGGCCCAGGAAAAGCUGGAGGCGCUGCAGGGGGAGCUCGCCAGCCAGGAUGCGCUGGGCCGUGUUCAGGAUGGAUCGCUGCUCCUGCCGAGGGAGGAUGCGCUGGGCGCCUGCGGAAGCCACGGCCGGCAGACCUCCCCCGACUCUGACGGGGCCCCUCCACCGAGGGGCUCAGCAGGCCAGCCCUCCGGGGGGUCCUGCACCUGGGGCUGCAUCGAGGCUGGACAAGGACCCCCUGUUUUGAUGCCAGGCCCGGAGACCACAGACGAGCUCCCAGGAGACCUUGCAGGGUCUGACUGUGGACAGUUUACUCCAGCUGAGCCCAGCUUGGGUGAACAGACUCUUCUUCUCAUCUGUGGCUGCCCCCCGGGGCAGUGGGUGGACGGCUCACUCCUCCCUGUGGAGCUGGCCUGGAUGUCAGAGCAGAAAUUAGCAGCCGCCCCAGCCCAGGAGUCCCUUCUCCUGGUGCAGACGUCCACACGCCCUCCCUGGGGGCGGGCUGGGGACCCAGCUCCCCUGCCGCUGCCGCUGCCACUGCUGCUCCCGGAAGCUUCCACAGAAGGACUGCAAGCCCAGCAGGGCCUGGAGGCCAGGCCCCCGCCUGCUCCCUCAGCUUCAGGACACCCCAGCCGGGAUCGUCGCCGGGCAAGGAGCCACGAUGCCUCUCUCUGCCAGGAGUCCCCAUGUAUUUCAAGUCACCGAUUUCCCAGGAGAGGGCCCAGGGAUCUAAAAGAACUUUGGAAGGAGGGAGGAGGAGCCCCAGCGUGGAGACCAGAGAUGCAGGGGCUGACGAUUUGGGGCAGGAAGGAGGAAGACCUCGGUGACAGGUGCCAGCCACGUCAGGAAAGCCAUGAGAACCUGGGCCUGCAGGAUGGUGUUGGGACCCCAGAGAGCUCGCAGAAUGAGAACGGGGGUCCAGAACCGCAGCCCCCGCCGGAGGCUCUACUGCCUCUGCUGCAGCGGGCGGCCUCGGUGUCAGUGCAGGGUCCUGAAUCCCUGGGCAGGAGGGGGCGGGGGGAAGGGCGUGUCUGGGGCUUGCGAGAAGGAGGGCUGUCAUCAUCCUUAUCAGAGGAGGAGGCCCCGGAAGCUGCCUUCUCCAGCACUCCGAGCACCAACCGGCCACCUCCCAAAGGUGCUCAGCCCCUUGCUGAGCAGGGCAGAGCCAUCAGGAGAGUUCGGGGCAAGAAGAUCCACGUGUGGUCUGCAAAUGCUCUGCUUCUGCCAGAGGACAGCCCUGAGGACGAGGGACAGGAAGAGGAGGAGGAGAAGGUGUUGCAUCUGGAAGGGUCCCGCUCGGGCCACAGGGAUGUCCCGGAGGAGUCUGGCUCCGAGGACUGUGAGGUCCAGGAGACGCGUUUCUUACUGGACGAGGGAGGUUUGUUACCAACUCCAGGACUGGCCUUACUGCUGGAGGGGGCGGGACCCACCAGUCACCUCUGGGCUCCAAACGGAGGACACGAUGGGAUGGUGCUCAGGUUGGAGGAAUUUGAAAAGGAGAUGGAGGCUUGUUUCCAGCAACUCUCCGUCCUGAUGCGUGGGAGUGGGGGACGUGGGCGGAACACUUCAUCAUUGGCGGGAGAGAACUGGAGCUUUGCUCGCAGAUGGCCCGGCUGCCGGGAGGACGCUUGCCCUCAGCAGGCUUUGGCAAACCAGGGUACGGAUACUUGGUUUGCCAACAACGCAAACCCCAGAGAGCGUAGUGAAGAUGCUAAGCCGGGAAAGACAGAGGCCCCGGGAACCAGCCAAGUUCUUCCCGGGCUGGCGCCUGAUUUGGUCGACUUGAGCCCAGGCCCCCCCGAGGGGCCCUCCGAGCUGGGUCAGUCCGGGCCCCCUCAGCAGCCGAGAGCCCUCGAGGGGGUAAGAAGAAGGUUUCGUUGGCUCAUUUCUGGAUUGAAGAAAGAGAGAAGCAAAGUUUUACAUGGUAACGCCAAACUUCAGGGAGAUCAGGAGAGAUGCCACAGAAAACUGCAUGUCCUGGAAAAAGAGAGGGAGAGAAAUGCGAAAAAAAUAUCUGCACUUGAGCAGGAUAAGAGUGUGCUGCUAGGAGACAUCGCUCACUUACGGAGGGAGCUGGACCAGUACGUGCAGGUCAUUUCGGACCUUGAAGACUGCAAUGGGAAAAGUUACUGCAAAAUUUCUGAACUCGAAGAGGAAAACCAAAGACUGAAAAGGGACCUGGGGCAGCUCCAGAAAGCCAUGUCUGCGAGCAUCAGAAAAUCCAAAGGCGGGAUGGGGCGCAUCACCCUGGAAAACUGGGAGCUCAGUGCGCUGACUUCGGAGCUUGGGGUCAGUUACAAAGAGCUGAUAAAGGAUGUAGUUCUGGGAAUAGAAGACAUGAUCCGGGCCUUCAGGGCAGAGAACGAACACCUACGCAGGAUCCGAGUCCUGGAGGGAGAAGUCGCUUCAGGGAGCAGCACAGAUGGGGGGCAUUUGGUGGGAGCAGAGGCAUGUCCCCAAGGAAAAAGCACAGUGGUGGUGGACAAGGUGAACGCUGGAGGAAAGGGGGUGCAGGUGACUCAGCUUUCAGAGCAACUGACUCUAAGGGUCCCUGGGCCACCCUCGGAGCAGGAAAUGGGUCUGGCUGGAGGGUGGACAGGAACUUGCUCAGGCCUGGAGAAUUCUAGAUGCAGUUCUGAAUCUACUGGUCCAUCACUGGUCUGGGGAGAUGCUCCAGGCUCCAGUGCCCCACAGGGAAACACUGGUGAGGAAGGAGUGAAGGAGGCACAUAUGGAGAAAGAGGAUAAGGGACCACCGCACUCUGCAGACCGAGGGCGAGCUCUGAGGUCCCCACGCCAUGGCCCCCUGGUGAGGGAGCCGGAGGCUGAGGCCUCCGAAGAGGACCUCAGGCUGCGCAUCAGGCAGCUCCGUCACCAGGCGCUGACUCUGCGGUGCCAGCUCAGGGACCAGGGCUCGGUGGUGCCCCGGCCGCUGCCGGCCUCCCACGGUGAGGUCGCCCAUCUCCGGGGCCAGCUUGACGAACUUCAGAAAAAGCACCACGAGGCAAAUUUGGCUGUGACACCUUUGAAGGCCAAGCUGGCUUCUCUGGUCCAGAAAUGCCUGGAGAGGAACCACCUGAUCACACACCUGCUGCGGGAGCUGCACAGACAUGGGGCGGUGAAUCACCUGCUCUCCGAGAUGGCGCGCAGCGUGGUGAACGACGCGGCCCUGGCCGAGUACGCAGCCACCUUCCUGGCUCCCAGGGACCCAAAGACAAGCCACCACCUGGACGUCGGCUCUGAGAAGACAGCAGUAGUGAGAGUUCAGAGAUACCUCCUGAAUCCCGAAAUGGACGGUGUCCUCCAAAGACCUUUGCAUUCAGAGUCCCGGCCUAUUCCUGAGACUGAGUGGCCAGUACAGACAGCUCGACUGGAUUCUUUGAAGCUUCCCGGGCCCUCGGGAACGACGCCUGACCCUGGAAUGUGCCCGGCUGCAGUCCCUGGGGAACCAGGGCUCCCUCUGCAAGGUCUGCAGGAAAGAGGCGGAAUGACCGGCCCUGUCCUCCAAGCCAACGCCUUCCCACCAUCCCCCGAACUCCUGAGCCCCGAGAGGAUCCUGGCUUUGCACCAAGAGCUUAGACAAAGCAUCAGCCGCAGUUCCCAGGUCAAUAAAUCACCGCUGGAGUUAUAAACUGAGUAAGACCACUCACUCUCCAGGGCCAUUUCACAGACGCCAUAAAUAUUUGAAGCAGAACUUUCAGAGAGCGUUUUAAAAAAUUGGUAGCAAUCAAAAUCCUG